AUGGAUCGCUACAUCGCACUUGGCUGCCUUCACUUCAAGCACGCAUUCGACUUUAGUUCAAUCUCACCAUCGAGCGGUGGUUGGGUCGAGUUACUGCAACAAGAGCUUCCCGACGAGAUCAAGGCCAGCAUCGGUAUUGAAGCAUCACGACUGCUUGAAGCUCAAUGGAUUCGGAUAUUCGCGCGUAGAGGAACGCCUGGUAAUGCGUCUCACCACGUCCUUCUUCGCGUCUAUCUUUUGCCAGAAGACUGGGCCCGUCGUACGAUUGACCGUAACAGCAAGAGCUUGAAGAACGCUCUGCGGACACUGCUCCAACAAAUUGACAUCUCACCGAGUGCUUGGAAUGGAGACUCAAAUCCUGAUGAGACGCGUUACUUUGAUCCCUGGGCUGACGUAGAACCUUUCUCGCUAUACUACCUUUUCAACAAGCUACCAUCACCUGCGCCCGACGUGGGGAGGAUCAAGUGUCGCUAUACACGUGCCGCCGUACAAGACGUACUAGAUUCUGCGGCAGUCUCAGAGUGGUCGGAGCAUGGUGAACAGGCUCUACCGGGGCUCAAAACAAGAUUGUACGCGUAUCAGACACGGUCGGCGAGCUUGAUGCUGCAACGGGAAGCUUCGCCACAGCUGCAGCUUGAUCCAAGAUUGGAGGUUCGUACCUCGCCCGAUGGCAAGAAGUUCUACUUCGGGCCUCGAGAUGGAUCGUUUCUACAAGAGCCGCGCUACUACGAAAUGAACCGGGGUGGUAUUCUGGCAGAGACCAUGGGCCUGGGGAAAACGGUAAUUUGCUUGGCCGUCAUCUUAGCAAGCAAGGGCCAUCUUCCCAAGAUUCCAGCCGCAUACCGACCAUUGCCUCCUCUUCGCAAGCGUCCUGGAUCGUUGGCAAACAUGGCGAUCUCGUCCGCUGGCCGACAUUCAAUCCCAGUGAAAUCUUUUCUCGAGCAGUCUGAGGCGAAUGGGGCUGGAGAUAUGACAAGCAUCAAAGAUGCGCUGGAUCGAGUUGUUCCAUUCUACGAGAUACCACCAGAUAUCCCACGCAUGAAUAGGAAUACCCGAAUACCGCCAACACGUCAAUUAGUGCUCUCUUCCGCCACUAUCAUUGUCGUACCGCGAAACUUGCUGCACCAAUGGCAGUCAGAGAUACAGAAGCACGUCCUUCCGGGUGGCCUCAGGAUUCUCGUCGUUGACUCUGUGCCCAAGCGCACGAAGAUAACCCAUCCAACCGAUGAGACCAUGGACUUUCGAAGCGAACUACCAGCUCCCACUGAACUCAUGAAGUUUGACGUGGUUCUAUUUACUCGCAAUCGCUUCGAACAAGAGAUUCAAGACGGUCAAGAUGAACAAGGACGACGCAUGUUCAAAGCACCUGCGAAAAGUUUGGUCGGUGUGGAGGUAGACAUGUCCACCGUCAAUCCGGAGACCGACCCGGUACUACAGCGCGAACUUGCCAUUGAAAAGAGAAAAACGUUCAAAGAUGAUGCAGAGAAUGUCAAAGCUGCUAAAGCUUUGGGUAUGCUUGCUUCAAACUUCCUCAUGGUUCGACCAUGGUGCGAGAAUUCCGAGGGUAAGCUCGAUUGGGAUGAAUACGUUUAUCGCCACGAGCAUCAGUACAGAAAGACUUAUUCCGGGUUUUCCUCAUGCUUCGUCCGAGCAUUGGAAGGACUAGUUGUAAAGACACGCCCAGAGGAUGUUGAGAAGGACAUUGUCUUACCGCCGAUGCGACACAGAACCGUUUACCUCAAGCCAUGUUGGUUUGAUAAGAUGACGGCCAAUCUCUUCGUACAAGUUCUGCGAGCAAACGCUAUCACGAGCGAGCGGACCGAUGUCGACUAUCUAUUCCACAAGAACAGCGUGAAAGCUCGUCACAGUCUCAUCAGAAAUUUACGGCAGUCCAACUUUACCUGGACAGGUUUCAGCCUCUCAGAUGUAGUCGCCACGCUUGAAACUAGCAGUAAGUACCUUUCCAAAGAGGACAGGAACUGCUCGCUCGAGGACGCGCAAUCCCUCCUGGAGAGCAGCCAAAUCGUGUCGAAGCUUACGGCUUCCGCUGAAUGGAUUGCAUUGAGUACCUCUCAUGAAGUGGGUAUGGCUGUCAACCAUUGGCCAGAAGCGGCGCGAGAGGCAUUUGCACUUGUUUACCCGGCGGAGCCCAUCGUGGUUGGUGUUACGCAGCUCAUCGAGGGCCAACUCCAUGUUGAUAGCAGCAUCCGGUCCUCAGAUCCAACGGUCGGGCUGGAUGCUGUGGGAUAUGCAGCAAAAGCAAAGGCCAUUGCGAUGGCAGAAGAAGAGGGUAAGCUCAAGGAGUCAGGCGAAGGCACAGUCAGCGGUGUGCCGUUGCAGAGGACAGGAGUGCCUACCUCGCUGGUAAAGGGUCAACAGCCACCGACUAGUCGUAGAACAUCAGCCAUCGUGAGCAAAGCUUCUCCUAAAAAAUCACCAGGAUCCAACGAUGCGAAUGGCGUUGAAGACACCCCGGACAUCGCAUCACCCGUUCGCACGAAGAAGCGAAAACUUACCUUCGCAGACGAGACAGCGGACCUUCCCGCAGACUCCGAUCUCCGAAAUACACGCUGCAUUGGCACAACAUCGGCCAAACUUACAUAUCUGUUGGACAAGGUGAUGCAGCACCAGGAGAAAGAGAAGAUCAUCAUCUUCUACGAUGGUGACAACGCGGCAUUCUACAUCGCCCAAUGUCUUGAGUUGAUGUACGUCAACCAUCGAAUCUACGCGAGAACUCUAAACAACCAGCUGCGAUCCGAGUACGUACGACUGUUCAACGAAGAUCCAGAUGUGCGAGUCUUGCUCAUCGAUGUCGCGUGCGGAGCCCUUGGGCUAAAUCUCAAUGCGGCGAGCGUCGUACUCAUUGUAAACCCGAUCAACAGACCGAACAUCGAAGCGCAAGCCAUCAAACGAGCUCAUCGCAUUGGACAAACAAAAGAAGUGCUCGUUGAAACUCUAGUUCUCGAGAACACAAUCGAGCAUGCAAUCUUCAAUCGCGCGAAGAAAAUGUCUCGUGCUGACCACCAAGAAGCGAAAGAGCUUGAAGACGAUGCUGGCAUCAUCGAGAUCAUAAAAAACGCUCAGAUCCUGCCUGUGGGUGAUGACGAGGGCGAGGGCUUGUCCAGCUUUGCGCUAUUGCAGACACCGCAGCAGGUCUUUGGGCGACCGAAUCGGCACAAGUACCAUCGGUAUGGAGGUGCUGAUAAGAAGACUAAGGAUGGACCGCAGAAGAAGGCGAAGACUUCGAAGGUUGCGAAGAAGGACGAGAACGAGGAUGCGAAUGGUACCAGCAGCACGACUGCACCAUCUACGCCUGGUACUGGCUUACCGGUGCGAGGACCUGCUCAAAAUGGCGGCUUGAAUGCUGCCGGUGCAGCAUCGUCCCGACCUGUCGCCAGCAUCUUUGGCAGCGGUUGA